AUGGCAACGAAAACCCAUAAGACGUGGCAGGAGGAGCUCGCUGCUGAAUGUCGCAAACAGCGACUGCCCACACCUCAGUUCAACAUUGUCUCUGAUCGUCGAGGUGGCCGCACAGCCUGGUCGGCUACAGUCACAAUCCGAGGUGAGAACCUUGCAGCCAGAUACUGGUACGACGGACAAUACCUCAACAACGCGAAAGAAGAUGCUGCCGAGGUGGCUUGCACGAAACUGCGCAAUCCUUCGAUCACCGCCGGCCAGUCAACAGUUUACCGCGCUCAGUCUGGCUACGGUGGCCCCUGGGCACGCUAA